AUGUCCGCCUUCUACGAGCAAAACCAGGCCGCUGCUGCCACCGGAGCAUGGCCCGCACCCGGUCGCCAGCCUUCAUGGGAACAGCCUGCCCCUCCCUCGAGAUCUGGAACCGCUUCCGCAUCGAGAGACGAGCCAACCGCAUUCAGUUCCCAAUUCGAAGAGAUUGAGCGUGCCACCGACAACCUCGUCAAGAGCGGCAAGUGGAUGGCUGGUGGAGCACCUCAGUACAACAGCCGCCGCGAGUCGAUGCCUCCCAUGAUGAUGGGCCGUGGAUUCAACGCUGACUAUGCUGGUUCCAAGUCCAACUCGCCUGCCGACGGCGGUCGCUUGAGUGGGCCCGGACAGGCACGUCACCACUCGGUCAGCGAAUACGACGGUAUGCGAUCCAACUCGGCAGCAGGCCUCCAGGGCUACUAUGCGUCGCAGCGCUUCGCACCGCGUCAAAAUGAGGCGGAGCAGAUGAUGCAGGCCAAGCGAAGGAUGGCUGCGCAAAGAGAGAGGGAGCUCCGCAACUAUCACCAGGAGCAGCAAUACAACAGGAACACUUCCGCCCAAGGCCCCAACAAGCCCGACCGCGCUCUGAGCCCGGCAGCUGCCACAACCAUGAGUGAAGACGAACGCCGCGACCUCAUUGCCCGCCAGCACCGUGCCCUUUACGGCAACGAAUCCGCCCUGUACCCUACCUCGGAGGCCGCUGCUGUUGCUGCCCGCCGUGCCUCGCAGGACGUCAGAGGCUCCAUCUCUGGCGAUGCGAGAGCUUCCAUCUCUGGAGCUUCCAGGGGUGGUGCCUCGCCCCUGGCUUUUGAUCCUUUCCACGGCGAGCCUGCUGUUCAGAUGCCUCCCCGUGAUGGUGUCAUGCUCCCCAAGUCGCCCAACAGCGCCUCUUCUCCGCAGUCGAACCCUACCACCUUUGGCAGUUUGCUGGGCGAGACUCAGCAGUCCAGCCGUACUUCGGUAUCUUCGCCCAGCGGCUCUCCCCCUCUCGGCCAUGGAUCGAAGGGUGCCGCAGCAGCCCCCAUCGGCACACGCCCUGUCCCCAACGCUGCGCAGAACACUGGCCUGAACAAGCGCUCGACCACGCCUCUGCCAUCGCCUCUCAGCUUUGGCUUUAGUGCCAACGAGCAAGCCAGGAACGAGCGUUCCACUUCUGCUGGUCCCAAUGGCUCUACGGCUGAUAAGGGCGUCAGUCUCGGUUCUUGGGGCAGCGGAGUCUGGGGCUCUGCUAAGAAUAGUCUUGGUGUCCAGGCCCCUGUCUGGGGCUAG